CCUAUUGUCAUGGAAAAUGUGUGAUUCACGGAGACAUCAAACUUAAUAAUUUGUGAUCAUGAGGUAUAUAUGGUUAAAGUGUUUUUGCAUUGAGAAUUCGGGAUAUUCAUUAUUUGCAGCUUCUUGUUAAGGAUCCCUCAAAACAACUUUCCGUGGAUUGUCAAGAACGCAGAUCCGAAAGCUCAAUUGGGCCUAUUUACAGGCUUAGGCCCAUAUACUACUAGAUUCAUCGGAAGCGAAACAGUGAGCGUCGUUGUCUUUUUCAAUAACCUCUGCUUCGCCGGAAAAACAAACAGACGACGACUAUUGAGAGCUAAAAUCCGAGAUUAAGAAUGGCGAAUCAAGGAGCGAAGAAACGAAAGGAAGAGAACGCCAAACACAUGGCUAAGCUCCGUCGUAUCAUCAUCGCUUCCAAUGCUGUGUAUUUCGUUGUGAGGAUGUUGAUUUUCUACUCAAGCUUUACUUGGAAACAUUGGAUCGGUUUAGUGAUAACUUCGCUGGCUUACGCGUUUCCUUAUAAGCAGCUUGAUCAAAUGGCUAAACCUAGUGUUACUGAUGAUGGUGAGCUUAUUGAUGGUGGAUUUGACAUGACCACUGGUGGAAUCUGCGGAUAUUUGCACGAUGUCAUCUAUAUCACUUGCUUUGUUCAGCUAGCUUCCAUCAUCACUGGGAAGUUUUGGUACACGUAUCUUGUGAUUCCUGCGUUUGGAGUGUAUAAAGCUUCUGGUCUUAUUCGAGGAUUCAUGUCACAAGGUUCAGAGGGAGGUGUGGAAGAUGAAAAGUCUCGUAAAAAGAGAGAGAAGAUGGAGAGGAAAGCUUCGAGAGGGCAAGUCGUCAAGACGAGAACAAGAUGAAUGUGUUGUUAUAGAAUACAACAUGAAUUUGGGGAUGAGUAUGUUCUUCAAAAUAUACAAAUGUGUUCAAAAGGUAAACUCUCUAAGCUUUCUGAGUCUCUUUUACAUGGACAUGUCUGCGUGUACAAUAUUUACUUUGAUGGGGAAUAGUCAUCGAGUUGAACACAGUCGAUUCUCUGGAGAUAGAUGUUUUUUUCUUUGAGGUCGUAACCAAUAUUAUAGUAUUGUUGAGCC